GAGAGGAGGGCGGCCCCGGGGGCCAGCGGCCGGGCUGGCUCCGGCUCACCGCCUCGGGCAGCGUCCACCUGCCCCAGCCAACACCCUUCUUUCUCUCCAGGUCCUUCUCAGCCUCCAGUUGGACUCUCCCCGCGCUGGGCUGAGCCUCCUCUCCUCUGCCCCCCAUUGCCGCCCAGGACACCCACCAUGGGGACACCCACCAGGAGGAAGUCACACCUGCUGCUGCUGGUCGCUGUGGUCCUUGUCUCCUUUCCAGCUCAGAGUUCAGCCCGGGGAACCCCGGCCACCUUUGGGCCAGUCUUUGAAGAUCAGCCCCUCGGUCUGCUAUUCCCAGAGGAGUCCACGGAGGAGAAGGUGACGCUGGCAUGCCGGGCACGGGCCAGCCCUCCGGCCACCUAUAGGUGGAAGCUGAACGGCACGGAGAUGAAGCUGGAGCCAGGUUCCCGCCACCAGCUGGUGGGGGGCAACCUGGUCAUCACGAACCCCACCAAGGCCCAGGACGCCGGCGUCUACCAGUGCCUGGCCUCCAACCCAGUGGGCGCCGUCGUCAGCAGGGAGGCUGUUCUCCGCUUCGGCUUUCUGCAGGAGUUCUCGAAGGAGGAGCGAGACCCGGUGAAAACCCACGAAGGCUGGGGGGUGAUGCUGCCCUGUAACCCGCCUGCCCACUACCCAG